AUGCUUAAGCCCAGUCAAUACGUGAAGCUCGCGCAGUCGCUGCCGCCGCAGCUUCAAAGGUUUUUUGCCCGUUACCCACCACAGGCCAUUCUUCCACAGGUUAAUGCUGUCAAUACGACUUCCGAUGCGGCGGCGUCAGAAGCUGUUAAGGAGACUGGAUUGAGCGCAGAGGAAGCUUUGGAUACAGCUAUACACCCAGCAGUGACAGAAACGACAUCGCCAUUUAAGCCCCAUAAACAUCCAGUCACUGGGAAAUGGCAUGACCCGGUAUUUUCCUUGAGACGACAAGCGGAUUUGUGCAAGCUCGCACGACGACAUGGAGUGGAGGAGCUUUUGCCGCUCUCUGUAAAGAGCACAGAAGAGAAAUUACGCAAGAGAAUGGAGAAUGGACUGAGGGUAAAGGGUACAGGUGUGGGACAGAGAGUCAAGGGAAAGGAAUCCGAGAGAACAUUGAAGGCGAGGUAUGUUUGAAUCAUUGCAUUUGAUGGAUUGCUUGAUGGUUUUGGUCUUGCAUUAUUGGCACAUAUACUGAUUCAUGGUUUCAACAGAUUGGAGAAGAGAAGAAAGGCUAUGUUAGAGAUGCCACAGAUGAUCCAGACAUGGAAAGAGGUUUGUCUUCCCAUAUCAAUUCAACCUUCUGUUCAGCUACUAAUUAAUAUUCGCAGAGAGGUCAUGGUCGUGGAUGGAAGAAAUGGCCAAAAUAGAUAUGAUAAUGAAGAUUAUUUGGCACAAUCUCAGUGUAGAAAGACUACUUGUUGUACAAAUACCAUAUUGGGAAUGACUGCAUGGGAAAUGGCGUUUCAAAACAUUGUAAAUUGGUGCAUAACACACCAUUUCUUUAACAUAUUAGAAGAAAACCUUCGAUACACCUUGGA